CGGUACACUGAUUGGAUCGCUUAACUGACUCAACCAAUCCCAGUGCUGGAGGUCAAGUUUGUAUGAAAUGUAUGUGGGUGGGGCGAAAAAAAUAUAUCGUACGAGAAGGAAGACACGUCGCCGCUUUACGUCACAGCUAGUGGAUAGCAAGGAGAAGCUAACCGGGCUACGAGCUAACACUAACGCUAAUGCUAAGAACCGCGGUUCUUCUGGAGUCCGGAGAGAAGUGAGCGGUUUUUUCCUCAGGUGAAGUUGGAGAGUUCAGGUGUUCCGAAAUGGGCUCUCUGGUUCGGAGUGAGGAGGUGUGUUUGGCCCAGCUGUUCCUGCAGUCCGGUUCGGCUUAUGAGUGCGUCAGUGAGCUGGGGGAGCUCGGGCUGGUGGAGUUCAGAGAUCUCAACCCGAGUGUUAACUCCUUCCAGCGCAAGUUCGUCAAUGAGAUCAAGAGAUCAGAGGAAAUGGAGAGGAUUCUGGGAUAUCUUCUGAGAGAGAUCAAGAAAGCAGACAUCGCUCUGCCUGAGGAAGAGGUGAACCCCGUGGCCCCGCUGCCCAAACAUGUGAUGGGAAUUAUGGAGCAGCUUCAGCGGUUGGAGCUGGAGCUCAUGGAAGUCAUGAGGAACAAAGAGAAGCUGCAGAAGAAUCUUCUGGAACUGACCGAGUAUUCACACAUGCUGCGCAUCACGCGCAACUUCGUCCACCGCAUCGCCGAGAGAGAGCCGGUGCGGGCCCAGUAUGAAGAGUUUCCUUUCCUGGAGAAGGACUCUGCGAUGGACUACGCCAGCAUGCAGAGGCUCGGGGCCAAGCUUGGGUUUAUCUCCGGCCUGAUCCCGAGCGUGAAGAUCGAGGCGUUUGAGCGCAUGCUGUGGCGAGUGUGUAAAGGCUACACCAUCCUCAGCUGCGCAGAGAUUGAGGAGAGCCUGGAGAACCCCAGCACGGGCGAACUCACCCGAUGUGCUGUCUUCCUUAUCUCCUACUGGGGCGAUCAGAUCGGACAGAAAGUGAAGAAGAUCUGUGACUGCUACCACUGCCACCUGUACCCAUACCCUAACAGCAAUGAGGAGAGGAACGACGUGGUCGAGGGUCUCCGCACGCGCAUUCAGGACCUGCACUCCGUUCUUUACCGGACGGAGGACUACCUGAGGCAGGUGUUGAACAAGGCCUCGGAGUCCGUGUACACAUGGGUGAUCCAGGUGAAGAAGAUGAAGGCCAUCUACCACAUCCUCAACCUGUGCAGCUUCGACGUCACCAACAAGUGCCUGAUCGCGGAGGUGUGGUGCCCCGUUAAUGACCUGCCUGCCCUGCGGAGGGCGCUGGAGGAAGGCUCGAGAAAAAGUGGUGCAACAGUUCCUUCAUUCGUCAAUCGCAUUCCCAGUAAUGAUACUCCGCCCACGCUCAUACGAACCAAUAAAUUCACCUCUGGAUUUCAGAAUAUAGUUGACGCUUAUGGAGUGGGUUGCUACAGGGAGGUGAACCCAGCUCCGUACACCAUCAUCACUUUCCCCUUCCUGUUUGCUGUGAUGUUCGGAGACCUCGGUCACGGGCUCAUCAUGUUCCUCUUCGCUCUCUGGAUGGUCCUGUAUGAAAAGGACCGCAAACUGAAGAAAACCAGGAACGAGAUCUGGAACAUGUUUUUCGAGGGGCGCUACAUCAUCCUGAUGAUGGGCAUUUUCUCAGUGUACACCGGGUUCAUCUAUAACGACUGUUUCUCUAAAUCGCUGAACAUGUUCGGCUCUGGGUGGAGCAUCAGACCCAUGUUCGACAACGGACCUUGGGAGAUGAAAACACUACACUUGAGCAGCUUCCGCACGCUCGACCCUAACGUUACUGGGGUCUUUAACGGGCCGUACCCUUUUGGCAUCGAUCCGAUUUGGAACCUGGCGUCAAACCGGCUCACGUUCAUGAACUCCUAUAAGAUGAAGAUGUCUGUGAUUUUGGGGAUCGUGCACAUGUGCUUCGGUGUCAUCCUGGGCGUCUUUAACCACCUACACUUCAGGAGGAAGUUCAACCUCUACCUGGUCUUCCUGCCUGAGCUGCUCUUCCUGCUCUGUCUCUUCGGCUACCUGGUCUUCAUGAUCGUCUACAAGUGGUUGUCCUUCACGGCACAAGACUCCCAGCGAGCUCCCAGCAUCCUCAUCCACUUUAUUAACAUGUUCCUCAUGCAGGGAGGCUCGGGACAGCCGCUAUACACAGGACAGGCAGGGCUACAGGUGUUCCUGUUACUCGUGGCUUUCCUCAGUGUUCCUGUGCUCCUAUUAGGGAAGCCGCUCUACCUCUACUGGCUCCAUAAGGGCAGGAAUCGAUUGGGCAUGUACAGGGGAUACGAGCGUGUACGGCGGAGCAGUGAUGAGGAAAUCUCUCUCAUGCGUGCCCAAGAUUUAGAGGAGGGCACCAGCCUGGACAGUCACUCGAGCAGUUCAGACAGCCAAUCAGAAGAGUUUGAUUUUGCGGAUGUGUUCCUGCACCAGUCAAUACACACGAUCGAAUACUGCCUUGGCUGUAUCUCCAACACGGCGUCCUACCUCCGGCUGUGGGCCCUGAGUCUGGCACACACACAGUUGUCGGAGGUGCUUUGGGAGAUGGUCAUGCGUGUCGGGCUGCGUGUAGACAACAGUGCUGGAGUACUGUUACUCGUCCCUGUGUUUGGGUUCUUUGCUGUCCUGACUGUCUCCAUCCUCCUGGUGUUGGAGGGACUGUCUGCUUUCCUACACGCCCUACGCCUCCACUGGGUGGAGUUCCAGAAUAAAUUCUACAGCGGCGCUGGAACCAAGUUUUUGCCGUUUGCCUUCUCUCUCCUGCACACGAGUUUCGAGAGCGAAGGAUUGCUCUGAACACUGUGACUGUCGCACGUGCUGCUCGGAAGGGCGGAGCUUUACAGAAGUGCCAGGAUGAUCUGGAACAGUUCGAACCUCAAUACUGUAGAACUUUUUAAAUAUAUGUACAGUACAUAUGCAGAAUGUUGCACUGACCGCCUUAAAUAUCCAGCCAAGUACUGAGACUGUGAACAAGGUUUCAUUUUAAUCACUGCCAUCUAACGUCGUCCAGCUCUUCAGCUGCUUGAAAAUUCCCUCUGGCUUUUUAACCAGUGGCUAACUGGUACCACUUGGCUAAACAGCUACAAUCAUAGCUUGGUAUGAAGAAUCAUCACGCUAACCCUGAAGGCUCUGAUUUAAAAUGUCAGCGGCUGUUUUAACGAUCAGAUUCAUUUUAGAGCAAAAACACUCCAGACAUUUGUCAGAACUUUUGCUUGUGUGCUGUAUAUAACAUCCAGCGCGCAUACACGCACAACACAUUCAAAUCUAAUUCAUUUUUCCUUUGACCUUGGAAGGUAAACACACAAUGUUCUCACUGAUUAGGUGGUUAAAAUUGUGUGAACACUUGCUAAACAACAAGGAAUUGCAGAUCGUAGCCAUAAGGUAGCUAAUUACAGAGUCCGACAGGUUUAGCUAACAUGCAUUCGCGUGUAGUCAGUAAUACAGACAAUGUCGAGAUAUUGUUGAUGACAGUGUGAUACAAAAGUGUUCAGAAUAUCAACGUUUCCCUCCGAUGCGUCAGUAAAUUGCGAAGAAAAGACUCCAUGUGAACAAAAUUCCACUUGGCAUCAACCGCUAACCGAACUCAACCUGGGAAAUUUUUCUUAAAUUAUGACUGGACCAUGUGGAGUUCUUUCACCUGCAGAAGUGCAUCAUGCGUUUGCUUUCCCAUGAGGUAAAGUUAUAAGAAUACUGUUGCUAGGCAACUGGAAAACAUGGACACCUCAUAUAAGCUUGUUAACGAUGAAGUAUAAGAUUUAUAGAUACUUUAAUACGGACAAUAUAAAGGCAUGAGGCUGUGAAAAUGACACUAAGUUCUUCGGAAUAUCAACAUUUCCCUUAGACGUGGUGGUGGUAAACUCUUAAAGAUUCCGUAUGACUAAAAUUACACUUCGAUUGCACUUAGCAUCGACCGUUAAAGCAAACUCGCCACAUUUGGUUUCUUUCUAUAGUGAAACUGUAUCUGUGUUCAGAUAACGGUCAAUGCUAAGUCAAGGUCGAAGUUGUAACGACUUUUUUGAGAUGUAGAUAAGCAUAUACCGGACAUGCUCAGCAUUCAUAGGGUUGUGAGAAAACCGUUGCUAGGCAACUGGACAUCAUAUAGAUACCUUUUCAAGGUGAUUAACUGCUCAAUGUCAACAUUUUCCUUCAGAUAUGUUGGAGAGUUAUUAAGAAAAGGCUCAGAAGUACUAACAAUAAACAGUAAUUACACUUGGUGUCCACCGCUAAUCAGAUCCAUGUCAUAAUUUUAGUUAAAGAUAACAUUCUGACUUUUGAUGACACAACCCAUUGAAACAGAAUAAAUUUAACACUGGAAGCCAAACAAAGACGUGUUUGCCAUUCACAUCGUAGAAUUAAAAAAAAAAAAAUGGUGAGAAUGCUGUUGCUCAGCAACUGGGAAAUGUAGAUGCUUACGUGUAUGUGUUCUAGCUAAUGAUAGUCUUUUUGUACAUGUUAAGUAAACGUCAGGAAGAUCAACAUUUGCCUCAGUUGUACUGGUAAACUUAAAAAAAAAAAAACUCAUUGCAGCUAUAAUUGCACUGUAAUUACACUUGGCAUCAUUUGCUAAUUGAACGUCUGCCAUAUUGAGUUUGGUUUUGAGACAUGCUGCUUGUCAAGUAGCUUCAGAGUGUUGAGUGUAUUUUAUGAAAUUAUUCUUCAAAAGUCAACAUUUCACUUUUAAACUGUCCAGUCACCACAACAUUUAUGUUUUUGAAAAAUGCCGUUAAAAUGGAACCUGUUGAAGUUUGAUUAGCGGUCAGUGCUAAGUGUAAUUGUUUAUUUCUAUUGGGGUUUCUCUUUUUGCUAAUUAUCAGCAUAUUUGAGCAAAGUGUUAAUAUUCUUGAGAAUUUUGUCUUAAUUUUACAGUUACUUUUCUUUGACAUUGUGUUAUGAGAUGUCGAUGUUCCAGCUAACUAAUUUGUUGGAUCGAGUUAUUGGGUUGUCGAAUGUUCACAUAUGUAACUGUUCCAGUUGCUUAGCAACAGUGUUCUCACAGCUUCGUCUUUGCCUUUACAUGAUGAUUUUGUGAAUUCUGCAAGAGCACAGCAAGUGUGACAGUUUCUGGAGAAUUUUAAAAUGGAUUAAACCUCAUUUGUGUCUUUUUAAGGUGAACUACGUUCUGGAAGUGACUUUAAGAGACCUUGUGUAUUUUUAUACGUAUUUUCCUGCAAGUAGCUGAAGUAUUUGGGUCCAUGUCGGGAGAGGUUUGGUGUUGAACACCAGUGUUUCAUCAACUCGAGAAACAAAUGCUUUUUUCUUUUUGUGCGUUAAUGACUAGCAGCAUUUUUUUGUAAGAGUUACCAUAUAUGGGUAUAACACUAAAAUUAGUUGAUUUGGAAAUCAUUGUUGAUUUUACUAACAGCAGCAGGGUUCAUUAGCUUCAGUCAGUCUUGAUGCUCAUCGUAGUAUUCAAUCAGCACAUUUAUCAAAGCAAUCAUGAGUUGAAAUUAAAACCACAUCUGUAUCAUUUUCUCGAUUUGCCAAAGGAGAGGCUCGUGUUUAUUUCCCCUGAAAUGUUAAAACGCGCAUGAUCACGAGAGCGUUUUCGACAUCUGAAAUGAUCAGUUCCUCUCCUUUACCUGAUGGUUUUAUUUUAAACAUAGCGAGUGAGAGAGAAUUUCAUUCCUUUCUCCAUUCCACUUCCAGGUUUUAGAUUAUUUAUUGAUUGAUUGUAAUUAACUCUGGUUUGGUUGUAUAGUUGGGGUUAUUUGAAAGCGAUUUAUAUUCCCAUCUUUACAGAUUUGGAUUCUGUUGUGUGGGUGUCUCUUCUCUCUCUCCCUGAAAACAAGUAGGAGUUGUGAUAAAUUGUUUUUCAUUUUUGAAAAUAAAUUUUAUUUUAUGGAAA